ACCAAAGCAACAAUGGCGGCUUCCCCUGCAAGUGUGGAGGGUGUAAUAGAACCUUUAGGCAACUGUCUAACUACCCUCGGGUUUGAAGUGUAUCCUCUUAAGGUGGGCUGGUACAACUCUGUGCUGCCUCCUUCCUUCCACCUGCCGUACCCAGAUGACACCUUGGCCGCGGUGGUGCUCAGCACCCCAGCUAUGUUUGAACAAGCCUUUCUACCUUUCUUGGAGCAGAGGGGUUUUCAUAAGCUGUGUGACCCUGUCGACCAAUGUGUCCGGCACUGCGUCUCCUCUGCUGUCUCGCAGAGUUUUUCAGAGCUGAAGGUGGAUGUAAGGUACGACUACGAGCUGCUGCCAAGCAGGAAGCCAAAGUUCUUAGCGCAGACUGCCGCACACGUCUCCGGAGCGGCGUUCUACUACCAGCAGUCUGACGUCACAGACCAGCCGUGGGCUGAAAAAAAGAUGUUUGGAGUGUGCGCUCAUCCGAGCUUCGGGGGCUGGUUUGCUAUCCGGGCCCUGCUGGUGUUUGAGGAUGUGACGGUGGGCUCUGAGCUGGUGCGGCCCCCUCCCCCAGACUGCGUUCCUUCCAGAGAGGACAGAAUCAAGCUGCUGGAGGCGUUCAACUUUCACUGGCAGGACUGGAGUUACCGAGACAUCAUCCCUCCUGAGCAGACCUACUCAGAGCGACAGAAGGAGUACUUCUCCACGGCCCCGGCUCAGCGUCUUGCUCUGCUGAGGACUUGGGGCCUCCUGCCAAACGAACCUGAUCUCUGCCCACUCGAACAGAGCGCUGUGAAUGGCCACGGCUGACAUCUGGAAGGCGUCGCCUCUCAUUCUGAGCCUAACCUUCUGCUGCUUGAAUCACAUCUAGUUCGUUUGUUAUUGAACCCCGGCUGACCCGCUGUGUUUGAGGCUGGUGGUGUUUUCUAAGCUCCUAAGGUUCCGUUGAAAGUCAUUUUAAGCUAAAGCGGGGGAUGCUUCUGUGGAGAACAAAGAUGAAUCUGUGUGGCCGUUGUGUAUUUUUUAUUAAUGUUAAACUGUUAAGCGGUAUGCUCAGGAAUUAGAACACUGUCUGACUGGUUGGGCGCCCUGCUGGCCUGAGGACCUGGGUUCACACAGGACAUUUUGACAAAUGCAUCUGAUUUCUGCUUACAAAGAAAAACUUUUAAAGUUUGAAAAUUACAUUAAUAAUUUGAUGAUAAACAACGUCUGUCUCAACUGGAAAAACAACCAUGCACACUGUAAUCUGUUGUCAAAAGAGCAGAGAAAAACAUUGUUUGUUGCUUGCUACAAAAUAAACUUGACCUCUCCUCCCAA